CGGUAUACCAACUUCCGGUGUCAAUAUAAACAAUGAAAAAACUACUGCUGCAUCUUUGAAUGUCACAAUUUUAUCAGCAGAGACAGAACUUUUCUAAAAAAAAGUCAAUUACCAAAGGACUUAUAUACAAAAACGACUGGGCUUACUACUAUUGACAAGAGACAUGGAGAACAUUUCAGCCUACGAAAACGGCCCUGAUCCUGGUCAACAUAUUAACCACAACGAUACCGAUCCCACAUACGACUACGAGUCCUACUCCUACGACGACUACUAUCACGAACACGAGUACAGCAUAUUCGACUUUGAGAUUGUGAUCUACGGAUAUAUUUGGCCAGUCUUGGUCAUUAUUACGUGUCUAUGCAAUUGUCUUGUGAUCGUUGGAUUCUUACGAAAGCAUAUGCAAACUUCUGCUUAUAUUAUUUUGGUUUUCAUCGCAAUAUCCGACUCCCUUACCGGACUGGUGACCCUCCCAGCGACGUUCUAUGUGUACUCACGUGAACAGAUGUUUCUUUCUACAGACUGGUGCAAUGUAACCAUGAUAACCAGAUUGUACAUUGCACGUGCAUUUCACACCGUUUCCGUCUGGGAAACCGUUUUCCUUGGGUUUCAACGGUUCUUGCAUUUACCUCACCCUGCUGCCGCUAACCGUUGGUGCACGAUCAAGAAAACGAUCGGCAUUGUUGCUGUAAUGUACGUCCUGUCCUUCUUAUUGCACAUGUACCAUGCUUUUGACAUUAAGACAAGUCAUGGGUUUUGCCACUGGAAACUCAAAGAGCCAUGCGGAUGGGGCUGUGCUUAUAUCUGGGCCUCGUUUAUCCUGGGUCACGCUAUUCCCUGCGUGGCAUUGGUGGCGUUCACGACACUGAUGUUGCGAUCAGUGAGCCAGAUACAUCGUAGCACAAGUGUUGACAACAACAUUAGGCGACAAAAGGAGCAAAACAGAAACACUACCAUCGCUAUUUUACUGAUAGUCGUCAUCUUUCUUAUACCGGAGCUGACUUACGGUCUCUUCUACUUGUUGACGAUGAUACUGAAACUGAGCGUGCAGAGGAUUCUACCUCUGAGAACCAACAGGAUUUUCCACGCAACGUAUGAGCUGGCCUUGGUGCUUAGCUUUCAUCUGAACUUCUGGGUGUACUGUGUGAUGAUUCGGAGCUUCCGGACUGGCAUUAAAACUCUUCUUAAGAUGGCACGGUGCAAGGAAAGCAAAUCUUCAGAAAUUGAGCGCGAGCGCACGUCAUCUCAGAACGUGAGUUAUGAACUUGUUGGUAUAUCAGAAAGAGAGGCUGAACACGUUGAAAUGUGAAAAUAUGUUAAUGUUACUCAACGAUAUAAACAGCACACUCAUUGACUUAAAGUCUUAGAGUAAGGUCUUAUUUAGAACAUAUUUAUUAUUUGAAAUCUGUUUCAAUUGAAAUGUUAAAAUCAUUUUAAAUAUCAAAUAAAACUAAAUGAAUUGUCAGUUUCAAAUAAUCGCAAGUGUCAGCAAAUUCUGUUACCUGAUUUCGUAAGUAAAGGUCUGGCAUAAACGCAAUAUCAUACGUUGACACCGGUUUAACGCAAUUUUGGCGCGGCACGAUAUUAUUAUAGAAAUAAUUUAAUUAAUGUGCUACGAUGCAGUGUCUUGUAAUUAUUUUGUGUUUAUGAUCAAAACAUGCUGAUGUUAUUGGUUUACCAAUAAUGAUUUUUACCAUUUGUUCAUCCUCUCGUUUAAGUUCUAACUAUUAGCUCUCCUUUAAACGUUUUUUGUACAGUUCCGUAUUCUUGUAGACAUUUCAUUUUGUAUAAUGUGCUUAUAACAUGUAGCAUAUAUAACGUGAAGAGUGCAAGAAAUAUUUAAAAUCACAUUCUAUGGUAUUUUAUAUGACCUCGUACAGAAUACUCAUUUUGUAUUACCUCAUCCGGGUGAAAGGCCUACAGUUUAUUUGGUAUAAUUUGCUUAUCAUGGUCGGAAACACUACCUUCCACAUCAUGUUGUUAUUACCCCUGAAAAGACAACAUCAGAGCUUCGGGUUGUCUACGAUGCAUCUGCAAAAACGAAGAAAGAUGGGAUAAGCCUCAAUGAUUGUCAUGGACCUGUAUUACUAAAAGAUUUAUAUGGAACGUAACUGUGUGUUUCAUGUUUGACUUUGUUAGUGUAAAAAUGUGUUAUAUAUAAACAUAACUGACCAAAAUUAACAAAAAAAUAGCAUUUGUAUAAUUGCUUUCAGUACAUGUAUGGAUGUUUGCCAUUUAUUUUCGUGUUUAUUGUUUAAUUCAUUAAGUUUUAUUAAAUAAACGGA